AUGGCUGCCUCCUUCGCCUUCCUUAGAGAUGUGAAGCCCUUCAAGACAUCUUGGAAAGUUCAACAUGCAUCUGUAAAGAAGGAGUUCAUAAACCGUUUUGAAAACAAAAUCAAAACCGGUGAAUGGAGGACCCUUGAGAAUUUUAGUUUGAGUAUCGCCAGUGGGCAGUUCAAACCCACCAAUCACCGAUACAAAAUGAGUUUCAUGACUCAAACCGUUGUUACCAGGAUGGAAUCUCUGUCUCAUGAUCCUUUUUUAAGUAUCACUCAGUUUGAUUCAAUCUCUUCGGGGAAUAUGAAUCCUAAUUUCAUAGUUGAUAUUGUGGGACAAGUUGUUAAUGUUGAGGAGAUGGAGACCAUUGAUGUUAAUAACAGCCCGACCAAAAAAGAGGGCUUUGAACUCCGAGAUGACAAUGACUCACGAAUAGCAUGUACUAUAUGGGGUUCUUUUGCUGAAAAAGUGUUUUUAGCAUGUGAACAAGAUGACCUUGAUAUGGUUAUUUGUCUGCUUAGAUUUGCAAAAAUCAAAAUCUAAAAAGAUGUUAGAAGCGUCUCCAACGCUUUCAACACAUCCUUGGUUGAGAUUAAUCCAGAUUUUGUGCAGAUUGUUGAAUUUAAGAAUAAACUACCAAACGAUGGACUAGCUUUGGUAAUGCUUGAAAACAGACCUAGACGUGACAAUGAACUAGCACUUGGGGGUGAUUUUCAUCAACAGUUUCCUACCAAAACUAUCACUAUCAGAGAAAUCUACGCUAUGUUUGAGAUUGGGAGAAUGAAGGUUAUUUGUACCGUUUAUGCAAUUGACAGUGACUGGUCUUGGUAUUACAUUUCCUGUAAGAAAUGUAACAAAAAGGUCGUUAAGGUUAACUCUUUGACCAAUGGUGGACCAAGUUCUACUAUGAGACCCCAAUUUUGGUGUGACGGUUGCCAUUCACUAGCACCAAAUGUGCAAGCAAUGUUUAAACUGCAUGUUUAUGCAAUGGAUUCUACAGAUGAGAUGAAACUGAUGUUAUUUGACAGCAUGGCAACUGAGAUUGUUGGCUGCUCCGCAAACAGUCUUAUUGAAGGAGACUUUGGACAGGUUUGUAUUUUUCAAUAGCGUGUAACCAAGAGUUUUAAACAUUUUUUACCAGACUUUGUUAUCUUACAUGAGAGUAAUGCUAGCAGAUAAAUCUAUCUUGAUGCUAUAAAAAUCUAUCUGGGAAGACUUACCAGUUUUUGGUGUCUGUCGAACAUGAGAACCUCUGGAAUGACUUGGAUAUCUAUAAAGUUGUGAGGGUGUUGUCCAGUCAUAAUAAUGAAGAUGAGCAGAAUGAUGAUGAUUCUCAUGGUGGAGAUAUCCCACCCGAUAAUAGUACGGGUGAUCAGGUUAGUCUUUUGCUCACCAGUAGUCAGGAUUGUAGUACUACUACUACUCCUUCUUCUAAGAGGUCGACUGAUGAUUCUGCAUCCCCCCUAGCACAGUCCUCCACCAAUAAGAAGCUUUGUUUGGAUAAGAUUGACGUGGUGAAUAUUAAGCAAGAAAAACUUACCAAAGCAUAAUUGAUGGCAGAGGCACUGAAGGUAAAAAAAAAGGUGAUACUCCUGGAGGAAAGGGGAGGGGGUGACUCACUCUGCGAAGGAGUAGCAAUGCUUACAACUUCAUUAGUGGGAGCUCGCUUUUUACAGUUUCAGAAAUCAUUUUAAUAAAGGAUGUCAUGGUCUAUGUCAGUGACCAACAAUGAAUUCCUUAAGUUUAAGUUUUCAAUUAGCGUGAUGUUCAUUUGAUUC